GAAUUUCGAGUCAUGGAGUAGCGCCCAAGGUUUGCCAAUCAAAUUCCCCCACCGAUUAUAAACGCCACACCUUUCUAUAAAAUCACUCCAAACCUUCCAAUCAAAAACCCUAAGUUUCAAAUUCUUAAUUCCCAAAAAUGUCGAAGGAAAUGGAAACGGUGAAGGGUUUGGACAUCAAUAGGUACAUGGGGAGAUGGUACGAAAUAGCGUCGUUCCCGUCGCGUUUCCAGCCGAGUGAUGGAAAGGACACGAGGGCGACCUACACCCUCCAACCCGACGGCGCCACCGUCACUGUCCUGAACGAGACGUGGAGCGGCGGAAAGAGGAGUUACAUCGAGGGGACAGCUUACAAGGCUAACCCUAGCAGCGAUGAAGCCAAGCUCAAAGUGAAAUUCUAUCUUCCCCCAUUUUUGCCCAUAAUUCCAAUCGUCGGAGACUACUGGGUUCUCUACAUCGACGACGAUUAUCAAUACGCAGUCAUUGGGCAGCCCUCGAGGAAGUAUCUAUGGAUUCUGUCGAGGAAGUCUCAUAUAGAGGAUGAGAUUUACAACCAGCUUGUGGGUAAGGCUGAAGAAAAUGGGUAUGACGUGAGCAAAUUGCGCAAGACGCCGCAGUCGGAGACGCCGCCGGACGGCGACAGUGCGCCGGCGGACACCAAGGGAAUCUGGUGGAUCAAAUCCAUAUUCGGAAAAUAGGUAGCAACUUUGUUGUGAUAUGAAUCAGUCAGUACAUAGUUAGUUAUAUGAACUUAAUUUAUGCUCUUGAAUGUGGAUCUUCUGUUUGGUAUUUGGUUGUUUUAUGGAGUUCUUGUUGAUGGUAUCAAAGUUUUUACACUUAUGGAUUGUGGGUUGAUGCUGUUCUUACUUGUUAUACAAAUAUAUAUACACGUGUUCUUCAAUGAUCUGUACAGUGUUUUGCUUCCAAAUUGAAAUGGAGUUGAGCUUUCUUUUGCCAUUUUUA